AAUAAAUUUGACUUGCUCUCCUUAGAUAAAAGCCAACCCCCAUGGAUUUCUUCACAGACACCACAACUCUCCUUCUCCCUUUCCUUCUCUCUCUUUGUCCAGCUUCUCAGAGCUUUUAAAACAAACGUAUCAAUGGCUGUUGAAGCGUCUACAAAACGUCCCAGAGGAUCUCAGUACCUUGACACAGACGCUAACUUCGCGCCAACUGUUAAACGGAGGUCCGGCGCGUUUGGUUUAUCAUCAUCGUUGAUAAACGUUGAACUCUUAUGUCAGAUUCAAAACCAGCAACAAUUGGAGAUUGAUAGGUUCGUAGCUCAGCAAACGGAGAAGCUUAAAAUAGAUAUUGAAGCACGUCAGCGAACGCAAACGAUGAUGCUAGCGUCUGCGGUUCAAAACGCGAUAGCCAAGAAGGUAAAAGAGAAAGACGACGAAAUCGUACGGAUAAGAAACAUUAACUUAGUUUUACAAGAGCGAGUCAAGAGUCUCUAUGUUGAAAACCAAAUCUGGCGCGAUAUCGCUCAAAGCAACGAAGAACACGCUAACAACCUUAGAACAAACCUCGACCAAGUUCUGGCUCAAAUGGAAACGUUACAAACCGUAGCAACCGCUGUAGAAGACGAUGCCGAAUCUAGCUGCGGAAGUUGGGUUGAAGGUGGUGAAGCUAUAAGGGCGGUUAGUAGCGGUUGCAAGCGGUGCGGUGAGAGAGAAGGGAGUGUGUUGGUGUUACCUUGUCGUCAUUUGUGUUUGUGUACGGUUUGUGGUUCGGCUUCGUUACGAACUUGUCCGGUUUGUGGUUCGGUCAUGAACGCUAGUGUACAUGUUAACAUGUCUUCUUGACCGUCUAGAAGUUUUAGUAAAGGAUUAAAAUCUAAAAGAAUAGGAUUUUCUUUUUGCCAAUUAAUUUUGUAUUUUGUAAGUACAUUUUUUUCGUAAUUCCUGUAAAUUAUAAUUUAAUUCUUGAAUUUCUAUACAGACUUUAUUGAAGCCAAGAAUACUAGUUGCAAAAAG